CGGGUCACGUUAUCGGAGGGGGGCAGUCGGUGUGAGCAGUGGGCUCUCUCCGGAGUUACAUUAUGCCUAGACUAACCUUUAAUUAUUAGCCAGAGUACACAGGGAAACGAAAGCAGCCGAAAAACAGCGGGGGAUACUCUGAUAAUCCCGGCGCUGAGCUGUCGGACAGCCUGCUCUAAUUUAACCAAAGGACCUGGGAGCUCAUCGUGGGGCUGAUGCAAAGCGCUACGGCAUUAGGAUAGGUGCACUGGAGUCUGCCGACGACAUGGAAAAGAAAUAGUUGGUAAUGUUGCUUUUUAUUAAUCGGAAGAAAUAUAAAAUGGGUCCUUAGGCUGCUAAACGUAAUGUUUUUGAAACAGCGCAGUCAACAGCACGGUCCCGUUCAAUAAAAUGUAGCCUGGUGUGUCAUUUUAUUGGCCAAGACUAGUCCCAUUUCCAGUGUAUUUUUGAGGCAAGUUGUCACUUACUUCAAAACGCCACAAGCCAAGGAUCAUGGAUCCAGAAAGAUGGAAAGACUCCUUUGAAGAGGAGCUUCUGUGUCCUAUUUGCCUGACUGUUUUUGACGAGCCCGUUCAGCUGCCAUGCAAGCAUAACUUCUGCAAGGACUGCAUCUCCGAGGCCUGGGCUAGAGACACCGCUGCUGUCCGCUGCCCCGAGUGCAACCACGACUACAUCCAGAAGCCUGCUCUGGAGAGGAACAUCAAGCUUGCUAACAUAGUGGAGCGCUUUAACGCACUGAGCACAGAGAAGAGCCCUGCCACACUGGACUGUAGCCUGUGCAGACGCGGCCCCGGCCCCCCGCUGCCUGUGCAGAAGGUCUGUCUGCGCUGCAAGGAGCCCUGCUGCCAAACCCACAUCCACACUCACCUGCAACAGCCAUGCACGUUCCCGGGACACCUGCUAGUGGAUGUUGAGGAGCUGAAGGCCUGGACCUGCACUAAGCAUGAUGAGUACAGGCUGCUCCACUGUGAGGAGGAGCAGGUGGCUUUAUGUCCGUUUUGCUGCAUCACCCGCUGCACAGGCCAAAGACACACAGUCUGCGAUGUGGAGAAGCACCGCAUGCAACUGCAGGCUAUGUUAAUGAGGCAGCAGGAGAGUCUGAAUGGUCGUGUCCAGAACAUCGAUGAGCAGCUCGGCAAGCUGGAGACAGACAGGACGCUGAUCCAGGAAGCAGUGUCUGAGCUGAAGGAGCGCGUGAAAGCCCAGUAUCAGCGGAUGCAUGCACUGCUAGAGGUGGACAUGAGCGAGACCAUGCAGAUAGUGGAUGGCGCUCAUGGUGUGUACCGGCAGAGGAACUCCCAGCAGGCCUUGCAGCUCAAGGAGCAGCGUCAGGAAGCAGACAAACUUCGCACCUCAGCUCAGAUGUUCUUUGAGAGAGCAGAGAACAUCAACUGCAUGAAGAACACAAAGCCUUACCAGAUGUUAAUAGACAGGUCAAACUCUUACCUGGGUACUGCCCUCCCUCCGCACAGAGUGGGCCAGCUCAACUGUGUCCAUUUCCUCACUGAGCUUUCAAAGAGAGAGAAGGACUUACGCAAAAUGCUGCAGGAGUCAUUCAGCGAGACGCCCAUCCUCCAGACUGUUCCUUCUCUCGGCAGUGGUCCUGGCACCUGCGCAGGGACUGGUUCGGGGCCAGAGAAGAGGAAAUUUGACGUGGCUUUUCAGGAGAGUAAACCAGGCACCUCCAGCUCCCAUGAUCGUCCAUCACUGGCUUGCAGUAGCAAAAAAAUCCUGCUGGCCGACCAUAGCUAUCGUGACUCAUCGUAUUCCUCCGAGGGCCUUUCCCAGACUGCUCCUGCCGUCGCUGGCCCUAGCCGGGUCGUUGACGGCUCAGGCCAUCACAUGGUGGGUCAUCACUCAGGGACCGUGUUUCCCCCGUCGCCCUUCUCAGGUGGAGGCACGUCGCAACAAGCCAUGCUACCGCAGUAUGAAGGGAGGAAAGUACUGAUGUGCACUCUGGAAAACUGCUACUGCUCCAGGGCCCCACCACGUGGCCACCCCUCCUACACAGUGCCAAACUCCUUCCACUGGAUGGCGCCUCAGGAGUUCGUCCCCCCUCACGCCCAGCUGCCCACCGGCCAGACACUGCAGGGACUUCCCAUGAGGGGCCUGAUGGACGCCGCACAGGCACCGAGACCUGCCAACUUUUAUGGACUCUAUGGCCAGGCCUCAAACAAGCACUAUGUAGUUAAUAGUUAACAGUUAGCAUUUAGUAGGUAAUAGUCAAUAAAACCGAAUACACAUUUGCAUCAAA